AUGAAGCAACUGAAUCGACCGGUACAACUAUGCUUAGCAACCUCAACCUGGCUAAUCGUAGUGACUGGCUCAAACCUAACCCCAACACCUACACCAUGGCCAGAGCAGUUUCACGCUCUUCUGUACAUGAACCUCACUUCCUCAGGCCAUCUCCAGCUUAGUGAUGUAUGGUACGACUGGCCUAGAGGCAGAAACGUAAACAUAUUUCAGAAGCAGCUGGGUGAGCUUUUGUAUGAUGUAGAGUGGAACAACGGCACGUCGUAUUACUUCACCUUGGGGGAGGGAGGGCAUUGCCAGGUUAUGGAGUUUGAAGUGGGUAUUCCUCGGCCUGAUUUUCUUGAUGGAGCAAACUACCUUGGGACAGAGGUCACUGAUGGGUUUCUGUGCAACGUGUGGGAGAAGGUGGAUUUCAUUUGGUACUAUGAAGAUGUUCAAACUAAGAGACCUGUCCGUUGGGAUUUCUAUGAUGGAAUAACUAAUCACGUCAUGACAUUUGAUGUUGGUGCAGUCUUGCCGGAUUCAGUUACUCAAGCACCUGCGUACUGUUUCAAUCAAAAUUUAGAUGCUGCUGAUGCGUAA